UCUCAUAUUUUCUUGAAUUACAUAACAAAUUUAUUUUGCCAUUUCCAUCAUCACCAAAAAAGAGCUCCCCUUCCAAAUCAUCCUCAAAUCAUUGACUUAUCCAAGUACAAAUUUUUCAUGACCAUGGACUUUUCUGAUUACUCCUCCGGGAAGUCGCCAAGGCGGGAGCUCCAAGGACCCCGGCCGACACCUCUAAAAGUACGAAAGGAUUCUCACAAGAUAAGAAAACCACCAGUCCCACCACAGCCAUCACAGCCACAAGCACCGCCGCGCCCGCCGGUAAUUAUAUACACAGUUUCUCCCAAGGUAAUUCAUGCAAACCCUAAUGAGUUCAUGACUCUAGUGCAACGUCUCACGGGUCCAGACUCCACAUGUUCUUCAUCCACGGUUGUGAACUCAGAAGUGUCUUCAUCUUCUUCAAGUUUUCAAGAUUUCAGUGGGGCAAUAUCGCCAGCAGCCCGCUUUGCAUCCAUAGAAAAAACUAAGGCUCCUUUAGGCAAGAACAAGCCACAAGUUAGUGAAAAUGACAUAUCAGUGGUAGAAGGGAUGGAGUUGAUCAGUGGUGAGCUAGAAAGAUCAAGUGGGCUUUUUCCAGGGAUUUUAUCGCCAAAUCCAGCUUCCCUACAGCCUAUUCCAUCCACUUUUUUCUCUCCUCCAUCUGAUCCAAAUCCUUUAGGGUUUUUUCAUGAUUUAAGCCCUGUAUUACACAGCAACAAGAAUUAUGCAGAGAACAGCUUUCUGUUUAGUCCUUCAACUUUUAUUUCCCCAAAUACCCCAAAUCUAGACCUUUUCAAUAAUCUUUUCGACCUUUGAUUAACCCCUAUAGUACCAUGUAGAGAAGCACAAGUAAACACAGGUAUAGAAAGGUAGAAAUCUGCUUUCUGGUUUAUUUGUUCCUACUUGGAAUUUGAAGAUGAGCCUGAAAGAGAAGAAGACUUUUUUCUUUUUUUUUUUUUGAAGGAAGAAAGAGAAGAAGAUUUGAUGAAUUGGGAUUUCAAUGCCUAGCAAGUUAGGAUUCUGAUUGAGGUUUUUACUUGCUCUCAUUGAAGUUGAAUAGAAAACUACAAGUCAGCAUUGAUUGGCUGGAUUACGUUGUCUGUUUGUCUUUGUAGUCAUCUUAGUUUAUACACGAUUUUUUGCCAUAUACUUUCUGGAAUGUAAUUUUUGCA